AUGACCAGCGCAACUUUUCACGGGCCCAGCAACUCAACGACCUCAAAUGGCAUCGUAGCACAAUUGGCAGGGACCUUAAUACCUUUGAAGACGACUCUUGAGACCAGCAAGGAUGUGAAACUUUUAAAUGUUUUCAUAACCGCUGUACCUCUGAAGAAAGCUAGCGGAACUUUAUCACUUAUCAGACAACUCAUCCCCAGAGAUGGGGGCUAUGAUCUCCAGCACCUCCGUCGUUUCGCGAAACCAGAUCUUAUACCCUCCGCCAUUCGCAAUUCCUACUUCGCUUCCUCCGCUGAAUCCUCUGACACCGAGCUUAUUUUCUUGAUUGUGGCGGUUGCCAGUAUCAUACCUAAAGAUAUACUGCUAGAUUCUUUGCAAAAAGAUCGGGUGGAGGGGCCGGUGGUAUUGGUAGAAGGACAGAUACCUUUUAAUGCACCAACUAGUGCGGAACAAGCCAAGGCAUGGACGAAUGAAUACUGGCCUACUGUUUACAAGAAGAGCAAUCCUUUCGGUCCACAUCCCGCUAUCGUCGCUAGAGCGCAGGCGGAAAUAGAGGGCAAUGCAGGGAAAUGGUUAAGCCUGGCUUGGACUGUUGCUGCUGAAGCGAAGACUGCUAGAACAGGUGAGGGUGUAGGCGUUGUGAUUGUAGAACGCAGCGAACAAGGAGAACGCUGUCUUGCCGUCGCUGGAGAUGCGCGCUGGGAUAAUUGGCCUCGGGAUUGUGGAGGAAAUGGGAAUGUCACUGCACACGCUGCGAUGCGUGCUAUUGCCAUGGUCACAGCAAAACUACCGAAUGCGAUACCCGUUACUGAGACUGAUAUAUUCCGCUCGCAACCGUUAUUUUCUCUGGAAACGGAUGUCGAGGAACCCGUUAACAAAGAUGGGUAUUUGUGUCACGAAUUGGAAAUAUACUGUACGCACGAACCAUGUGUGAUGUGUGCGAUGGCUAUCGUACAUAGUCGGUUUGGGAAGAUUGUGUUUGAGAAGCGGAUGGAUGAGGGUGGUAUUACUGCUGAUUUGAACGAUAAGAACGAUGGAUUGGGUCAUGGGCUUUGGUGGAGAAGGGAGUUGAAUUGGACGAUGUUAGGGUGGGAGUUCAGGAGGAAAGGAGAUGGUAAUGAUGGUAACGAAUGUCGAUUGCCUUGGGACGUGGAUAAUGGGCUGAAUGCUUGA